AUGAUUCAGAAUAUUUACUGGGCUGACAGUGGUGAUCGAGUUGCAAUUGUCAGUAAUUCAUCAUUCAAGAUCUUAAAGUUCAGUCGCGACUUUGUUUCCUCUUAUUUGGAUUGCAGUAAACAAAUUGGUGAGAAAGGAAUAUUGGGCGUAUUUGAGAUUCUCAAUGAAACCAAGGAACGUGUUCAGUCUGGCUUAUGGGUUAGGGAUAUUAGAGAGCUCAAACCCAAGAUUUUAAUCAAGCCCAUUAGCAAAUGUAUCUAG